AUGUCGGAAGCUGUUGUCGAGAAACUACCCACAGAGAUUCUGGAGGCCAUCUUCCUUCAGUGCCUCAAUGGGAAUCUUCUGCUUGCCUCACCUCGAAUUGCCCAAAGACUUUCUGGCAACCAACCACUCUACCGAACCGCUUUUUCGGUCGCAUUCUAUGGACAUCAACUGGGAGAUGUGCUCAGUCAAUUGGGACUCUCUUUCAUGAUACCACGGCUUCCAGAUCGAAUUACUGCAUGGAUGGCCCGAUCUAUGACGAAGGCAGUGCUUCGUUCUCUCUGGUGUACUGACCGAUGGGCUGUGAAUCUCUCUCAGAGUUUACUGAAUGCCGCAAUGUAUCGAUUAUCACAGAGAACAGACCUCAACACUUAUGUUCGCGAAGUGGUCCGGAAAUAUCAAUCAGAUUCUUCAACCGCUGUGACGAGUGCAGGUCAUGAUUCAUCAAACUUAUGGAGGCAGACAGUCGCAUCUCUCGAUUGUCACCACCCUCUGCACCUUGAAUUCACUACUACGGAGGGUGCGACCGGCAUAUUUUUCGCCGAUGACACCGAUGACGAGAAUACAAUAACUCUUUUUGAGUUUACCAUGACUUUCUGUGGUGCAGGGUCGGAGAGACAUGAACAGCUAAGGCCUGGUGGUCGGUACACUAGCGGGCGGGGUCUUAACCCUGUUGGUGAGCCGUUCUCAGUGUACGUGACCAGUAUGAUUAUGAACACUAUGGAUGUAGAUGCAACGCGGAGGGAUGAGUUUUGGACUGGCCUUGAUCGGUUCUAUGCGGAGCCUUUGUCAGAUAUCUACGGUGGGGAAUGCGACCGCCUGCAUUGGCGCUUCGGAUUCCGGCAACAGGUUGCUAUCAGCUAUCUUCUAUCUCCAGAGAAAUUCCCCUUCCGGAUAUCAUCCGAGAUAUAUCGGCGUGCGAUAGAUCAUGAUGUGGGCUUACUGCUUAAUACUUGGGCUCAUUCACUCUCGACAUAUGUACCACGCUAUGUUCAUUUUCUCUUCGAGAUCGACCCGAUGUCCAUGCCGCGACAGGAUCCAAUUAUACUUCGAUGGGCUCACGAUGCCUGUUAUCGCAUCAGACUAUUUGGUCAGGUUUACCAGCAAGAGCGUUUGGAGCGACUUGAUGAUGGCGAAGAUGAGCCUUGGCCGGGGCGUACAGCCCAACGCAGACAACAAGUCUUAGCUAAGUAUACUUUCGACGUUGAGGUCCGCAUGGUUCGUUACAUCAAGACUGGCGAACCCCCGUAUCCCCCAAACGAUCCCGCGCCGCACCUUCAAAAUGCAAUUACGCAGCUAGGAGAUAUUCUUGGACCUUCUCUUGAUAUUGCGGCCGAAGAUGAGGAAGAAAUAGCAGUCAACCCUCUGGAAGACCCCAAUCCGCCCGAGCUUGGUUUCCUCCAACAUGAUGACUAUCGGACGAAACCGAGACGACCAGAGGAUGAUCAAGAGGACAAGGAGAAGGAGGACGAAGGUCUAGAUGCCAGCCCACUGUUGUCGUUAGAAAGCUUCGAGAAUGGUACGUUCACAAUGGGAAUCAUAAAAGACCCAGUUGAGAGCGUGCUGCCCUCCCUUGAUCAAAUUGCCCUUGAGCUACGACAACGAGGGAAGAUAUAUUGGCUAUCACCCGAUGAUUGCAAGAUUCCUUCCCAGUUCGUUAAGGACUACAAGUGGUAUAAGGAACCAUUGCUAACCACUGUGGAUGACGACGAGUGGCGGAUCGUGCAGUAA